AUGCUGCUCCGGGACCUGGUGCUGCGCCGCGGCUGCUGCUGGCCCUCGCUGCUGCUACACUGCGCGCUCCACCCGCUCUGGGGCUUCGUGCAGGUGACGCACGGUGAGCCCCAGAAGUCCUGCUCCAAGGUGACGGACAGCUGCCAACACAUCUGCCAGUGCCGGCCCCCUCCCCCGCUGCCCCCGCCGCCCCCGCCCCCGCCGCCUCCCAGACUGCUCUCUGCCCCAGCUCCCAACUCUACCUCGUGCCCGGCCGAGGAGAGCUGGUGGUCGGGGCUGGUGAUCGUCAUCGCCGUGUGCUGUGCCUCGCUGGUGUUUCUGACCGUGCUGGUCGUCAUUUGCUACAAAGCCAUCAAAAGGAAACCACUGAGAAAAGAUGAGAACGGCACCAGCGCUGCGGAGUACCCCAUGAGCGCCUCCCAGAGCAGCAAAGGGGUGGACGUGAAUAACGCCGUGGUCUGAGUCUGCGGCUCCGGCUCCGCUGGCCGGAGGGGCGGCGUGGUGGCACCAGCGGACACGGGAAAGCAGGUGGACUCGAGCUGGCCCUGGGCUUGUCCAGGACUUCGUGGAGGAACCGUCUUCCCAGGCUCGCCCUGGUCGCCUGUGGGCAGGGGCGGCGCCCACACCAGGCUGAGCCCAGCUCCCCUGCAUGCCCCACACCCCGCCUUGUCCGCGUCUGAUCCAACGCCUGUCCUCGCAGCCGCUGUCUGAAGCCUCGCUCUGGCGAAGGCAGGAAGCCCGUCUGCCUGCUGGAGCCGGGCAUCCCGGGCAGCCAACAGGAACCCCCCCGGGGGGGCUCCCUCCCCUGCCUGGAAGCCUGUCCUCCUCCAGGAAGCCCACCUGCUUCCCAGUCCGGAGUUCCCAACAAAAGCCAUUGGCACAGCCACGAGACAGACACCCCCUUCAAAGGUGCUCCCCACACAUCUGCCGUCACCCACCCCACCCGCUGCAGGGCCCGCCUCCUACUCUCGUCCCUACCCACGCCCCGGCGGGCCCUUGGCUCCAGAGCCUGGCCUGCAAACCGCCCCCCUCCCGCCCCAGCAGACCAAGGGACUCUGUUCACGAAACCCUGGCCAAGGGUGGCUGGGAGGGGCAGAGCCCGAGGCCCCCCGUGCCUGUCCUGCCCGUUUCCACCCCGACCCCGGAGGAAGCUGGGCAUCCACGCGAGCCAGGCCCUGGAGGCCACCACCUGUGCCAAAUCCACCGGGACCCUCGGUGCCAGCCCCACCAGCCCCGCACUGCGUCCCGCCACGGCCCUCCCCACGAGGGGGCGGGGCGCUUCCCCGUCACCCAGGAAGUGUCUCUCAGGAGUGGCGGGGAGGAAGGGAGGGCCUGAGCCCUGUUUCCCAGUGGGGAGGCCGGGCCCUGGCCCUGGGAUUUUGUGGGCCCUGCCCUGGGACUGCCCUCACCACCCCACAA